AUGACUCCUACAAAAUGCAUAGAUUGUGAAACAAAAACAUUUUGUAUAAAACAUAAACAUAUGAAAUUACUUAAUAAGAAUGAUCUUGAUCCUUCAUUAUGGUUAAAUGAUCAUAUUUAUACAUCAUAUAGACCAACUGAAAUGCCAUUAAAAAUGUGUUUAUGGAGUAUGUUUCGAUGGAAUAAUGAAACUAUUAAUAUAUGGAGUCAUUUUAUUGGUCUAUUAUAUUUUACAUUUUGCCAAUAUGAUACAAAUUUUAAUCAUUUAUCAUCAUUUGGUGCAUCAUCAACAGAUCAUAUCUUUUUUUCUCUUUCAUUAUUAGGAUCACAGUUAUGUAUGUUAUUUUCAACUUUAUAUCAUUUAUUUGGAUGUGUAAAUAGUAAAGAAAGAAAAAAAUGGCUUCAAUUAGAUGUUUUUGGAAUAUCUUGCGCGCUAUUAGGUGUUUAUUUAGGUGGAAUUUAUACAUCAUUUUAUUGUUUUCCAGACAUUCUUUAUACAUAUCUUAUUGGACUAUCAUUUAUUUGUGUUAUAUCAUUGUACAUUCCAUUUAAACGAGAUUCAUUAGAUUGUAAAUUAUUUAAAAAUUCUAGAAUUGGAUUUUUACAACUUGCAUAUUUAACAAUUAUUGCUUUUGGAAUAUAUCCUACAAUUCAUUGGAUAAGACUAUAUGGAGGUUUUGAUUCACCACAUGUUAGAAAAUGGAUUCCAUCAAUAAUAAUUUUAUAUGUACUUCUUGCAGCAGCAUUUUUCUUUUAUGCUUCAUUAAUACCAGAAAAAAUAUCACAUGGAACAUUUGAUAUAGUUGGAUGUAGUCAUCAAUGGUGGCAUUUAUUAAUCUUAAUAGCACUUGCAAAAUGGCAUUCAGCAGGAAUAGAAUUAUUAGGCUUUUAUUAUUCUAGUGACAAUGCAUGUAGAAUAGCUUAUGGAGAAAAUCUUUAUCAUCAAUCUGUUACAUUACAUAAAGGCAAUUUCACAAUAAUAUGA